UAUUCUUGGAAUUGUCUUUCCUCCUCUGAUCCUACUGUUGGAUUUCCGUCUCAAAGAGGGUGCUUCUUAUCGUACAGCUGAAAACAAAGAACAAGGAACCGAUAAGGAAGACGACACAAAAUCCAGCAAAGACCCUAAUAAUGAUGCAACUUCCCGAAAGGGGGACGAAGAGGAGGGCAGCACUAAUGUCCGCAAAAUCCCCAUUGGCAAAAGAUUCUUUGAGUUUUAUAAUGCGCCAUUCACCAAAUUCUGGUUCAACACCGUAAGUUUCCCACAUGUAAUCAAUAAUUAUUUGGUAUUUUUUGUGUAGUGACUUAAACGCAAUGGUAUUUUUGUUGUUUUAGAUUUGCUAUCUGGGAUAUUUGAUGUUGUACAACUACAUAAUCCUGGUAAAGAUGGAGCGGUUGCCAUGUUUACAAGAAUGGACCGUCAUCGCAUACAUCCUCACACUUGGAUCAGAAAAAGUCAGACAGAUUCUGAUGUCCGAGCCGGGGAAGCUGAAACAGAAGAUAAGUGUGUGGCUGGAAGAGUACUGGAACAUCACAGACCUGGCGGCCAUUGGCACCUUCCUCCUCGGCCUAAUGCUCCGUCUGCAGCACGAGCCUUACAUGGGCUACGGCAGAGUCAUCUACUGCAUAGACAUAAUCUUCUGGUACAUUCGUGUGUUGGACAUCUUUGGAGUCAACAAAUACCUGGGACCCUAUGUGAUGAUGAUAGGGAAGAUGGUAACAACAUUUACUGUACUGUAAAUCAUGUAGAAACCACAUGACAUGCAACACAAACACAGUUCACACCGAGUCCAAACUUCUCGUCUUUCAGAUGAUAGAUAUGAUGUACUUUGUGGUGAUCAUGCUGGUAGUGCUCAUGAGCUUCGGGGUGGCUCGGCAAGCCAUCCUCCACCCCGAUGAGGAGCCGACGUGGCGGCUGGCCAGGAACAUUUUCUACAUGCCCUACUGGAUGAUCUACGGAGAGGUUUUUGCGGACUCGAUAGACCGUAAGACUCGAGUUCAUAGUAAGAUUCUGUUUCCUGAUUCUGGGCAGAUGAUCAGUGUUACAGUACCUUUCCUGUCAUAUUUCGUGAUGUUUAUGAAUAACACAGUUACAGUGAAACCCCUCUCGUACUUUGUCUCCCUCUGCUGGCGUCUUUAUAUUAGUGUUCAAUACAUUGUAAUCAUUUUGCAUUGAGGAGGAGGAGCUGAAUAUGUAUUUUUAUCUAAUUUUCAUGAUCAUCUGCCUUUAAACAUUUUUUUUGCCAGUGUUUCUUCUGUCAGGGUGAAGUUGAAAUGAUUAAAUAUAAAACAUAUG